AUGUCAUUAUUGCCGAAACUACGCUGUGUCACUAUAGAUGUUACCGGCACCCUAAUGGCUUACAAAGGGGAGCUUGGUGACUAUUAUUGCAUGGCUGCCAAAGCUUCUGGCCGUCCGUGCCCGGACUACAAGCGUAUGCAUGAGGGAUUUAAGUAUGCAUAUAAGGACAUGGCAAAGAAGUAUCCGUGUUUUGGAUUUGCGGCCAAAAUGCCAAACAUUGUGUGGUGGAAAACCUGCGUGCGGGAUUCCUUUGUCAGGGCUGGAUAUGAAUAUGAUGAGGAGACAUUUGAAAAGAUUUUCAAGCGCAUCUAUGCAUCCUUUGGCUCAUCUGCUCCAUAUACUGUCUUUCCAGAUUCCAAGCCAUUUCUUAGAUGGCUUCGUGGAAAGGGUCUCAAAGUUGGGGUUGUUAGCAAUGCUGAGUAUCGUUAUCGAGAUGUGAUUCUUCCAGCUUUAGGCUUAAAUCAGGGAACUGAGUGGGACUUUGGCGUUUUUUCUGGCCUUGAAGGCGUUGAGAAACCAGACCCAAGAAUUUAUGAGAUUGCACUCGAGAGGGCUGGAAAUAUUGCACCUGAAGAAACUUUACAUAUUGGCGAUAGCAUGCGCAAAGACUAUGAGCCAGCUAAGAGCAUAGGGAUGCAUGCACUGUUGUUGGAUAGAUUUAAGACACCAGAAGCCGAGGAGUGGAGGAAAUCUGGGGCUGUUGUACUUCCGGACUUAAUAGCAACACAAGAAUGGCUGUCUUCAGAGAAUUCAACUUGCUAG